GUGUGGCCGCCGGUUCGGGCCGGCGAGAGGCGUGGCGAAGGCUGGGAUGGCUGCGGGCAGGCAGCCGCCGUUUUCCUCCUUUUGACUGUAAGGCGGAAGGCAGCUUUUCUCCCCGGCUGUCAGCAGUGAUUAUUCCUCUCGCCCCGCCUCUCUUGGCCUCCCAACAACAGCCCUGUGAGGUGGGUCUGGCUGCAAGAGAGGCAGCCACCCAAAGUCACCCAGCCGGCUUUCGUGCCUAAGGCGGGACUGGGACUCGCCGCCUCCUGGUUUCCCGGCCAGCACUUGGACCCUGCCCCGCUCCCACCAGGCCUCAGGAGGGGGUGGGGGUCGUGCAGUGGGCCCGGUCAGCCAGGGGGUCUCCCUGGAUUAGAUUAGAACAUCCCCUUGGAGAUCAGCUCGGUCCUGACUGCUGGCUUUUUGCAAAGCCCUGGAAACCUGGCUUUUGCCGGUGAGCUUGAGGAUCCCAGGCCUGCGGAGGAGGACUGCUUGGAGUCUUAGAUUGGCAGAAAACGGAGAACUGCAAUAAUUGAAUGACCUGUUAGUGCCAUAUGUUUUCUAAAAAUGCACAAGAGGAAAAGCAUCUUUUGAGAAUGGAAGUUCAGCACAUGGCAAGUCCAUACUUUCCAGUAACUUGGGCAGGAGCGGAAGUAAAAUGUCAGUUCCAGAACAAUUUGUAGUCACAGCCUUGAAGGAUGAGGCCUCUGUGCUGGGCAUGCCAGCAGGAAUCUUAUCAGCCAGAAUGGCAGCCAACCUCAUUGAGAAGAUCUCUAUGGAAUCUGAUCAGACUACAUUAUUGAGUGCAGAACACAGAAAGAAGUUGUUCUGUUUGUUCCAGUCCUUGAAGGAAUUAUUAACGUACAAUGCUUUCUGUCAUUCAGUUUUUGCUCAAGAAAUGUGGAAAAUGCAGCGCCCACCUAUUUUGGAAGUCGCCUGGCACCUGCACAGAGAGAACAUUGUUCCUUUGGAAGAAUUACUGGAGAAGAAUCUGGAGGUACCUGCCCUGGUGGAUUGGUUGUCCAGUAGCCUUUGCCUCCUGUGCCAUCAGAUGGAAGAAAUGGACACUGAGAUUGGCCAGAACAUUCUCACAGACUUGGCUCUGGUGCUCCUUCAAAAUGGAUUUCCAAAAACACCCGAGUCUGAAAAGAAGGUGGAAAUGAAGAAGGUUUCUGAAAUCUGUUGUGCUGUGCUGGAGAGAAUGUUGGCAUGGGUGCUGGAUACUGUAGCUACGGAGAAGCAGGGCAGUGCCUCCCCCACAGGGAAGGCAGUGAGAUGCUGGCUCCAAGUAUACAGCCUGGUGGUUUUCCAAGGCAUGGCUCCACCGGAGUCUCUGCAGCCCCUCUUCGGGCACAUCUUCACCCGUGUGCUUACCUACAAUCCCCAUCUGACAGUCUCGGAUGCCAUCCAUCUGCAGAGGGAAUGGAGCUUUGCCAGGACCAGCUUGCUGCUUGCUACCUUAUACCGCAAAGUCUUCGUGGCGUUCCAGCCAGAGGAACUGACUCGGCGCUUGCAGCAGGUCCUGGAGACAAGCGAAGUAAACUGGCAUCACGUCCUCUCGUGUGUCUCUACCCUCUUAGUCUGCCACUCCCAAGCAGAUCAGCUGGUUAAAGGCCUCCUGGGUGGCCUCUUGAGAAAGGCCUUUGCGAAUUACGAUUUGGAGAGCUUGAUCACUACGUUCUUAAUCGCCCGCCAAGCAGCCUUGGAAGGCCCGGCCUUAUUCCCCCCUUACGCAGAAUGGUUUAAGCUCACUUUUGGGAAUGGCAGCAGCCUCCAUGGCAGCAGCAAGAAGGCGCUCAUCUUCUUCUUCAAGUUCUUGUCACAGCUGGUCCCCUUCGAAGCUCCCCAGUACCUGAAGGUCCACCUCCUGCAUCCCCCAUUUGUGCCCAGCAAGUACCGGUCCCUCCUGCUGGAAUACAUCACAUUGGCCAAAACUCGCCUGGCAGAUCUCAAGGUGUCGCUAGAAGACAUGGGCCUCUAUGAGAAUCUCUCUUCCACCAAGGAAGCCUCCCAGCCAUCCUGUCAAGCUCUUCGGGAUGUUGAAAAGGCCACCCAGAUAUUCCGGAAUACUGGCAAGAUCCCAGCAAGUGUGAUGGAAGCCAGUAUUUUUAGGCGGUCCUAUUACAUCUCCCGUUUUCUUCCUGCUUUGCUUGUACCACGAGUGCUUCCUGAAACCCCUGACACUCGCAUGACUUUGAUAGAAGCCCUCAAGAGGGCUGAAAAAAUCUCUCCGAAUGCCUAUGCCACUUACUUAGAAGAAUGCGAAGCUGCUAAAAGGAAGCCCUUGCGAGAGGGAUCGGCUGAAAAAGAGGUGGGGGGCCCCAAGGAACCCCUGGAGCGACUAAAGGCCGAACUCGAAGCGCUGAGGCUGCUCGUCACAGACGCAGACAAGCACGGUGCCAUUCCGGCCCAAAUUGCGGUCAUCUCUGGGAAGCUGAUGGAGGUUUUGGGACACGUGACAGAUGACGAUGAAGCAGCAUCCCUGACCUUGAGGGUCAGACUGGAUCUUUCGGCUCCUGAAGUUGGUGCAGCAGAUCAAGGGGCUGUUGAUCUUCUGCUGGCGUCCUUCUGUCAGGAUGUCAUGGCUGCCUCUUUCUUCCUGCCUCCUGAUAGGCAAGGGCCCUGGCCUUCCCUCUUCGUGAAAAUGAUCUGCGGGCACCGCCCCCUCUUGUCCUCCUUGCUGAGCCGACUCUGUCAACUUCUCUACCACCAGGGACCUUCUCUGAGUGAUGCUCACGUCCUGGGCCUGGCUGCCUUCGUGGUCCAUUUCAACGAGGCCGAGCCCCUGCUCCCCCCUGUGGACCUCUGCUUCCCCUCAGUUCCUCAAGCAGCUCUUCACACAGACCUUCCUCUUGCUGGACUGUGGGACUAUUUGUUGGCACCCAGGUCUGGAGAUUCAGCUCUCUUCUGCUUGCGGUUUUGCACUGCAGCAAUUUCAUACUUUCUGUGCAAGUUUCCUUCCCUUUCCCACGAGCACCUUUCUUCCGUACUUCAUCCAGGCUUUAUGAAAAAGCUCCAGUAUGUCUUGCCACGGCUUUGCUUGGAAGCGCGAGAAACUGGCUACGAAGGGGACUCGGCUGCGUUUCCUUGGAAAAUGCUCUCCUGCCUUCCUCCCUGCUACCAAAAGGCUGCCCUCGGCUUGUGGAAACAAACCCGUUUCCAGGAACUCCUGCGGGAGGAAGCCUUCCAGCUGACUCUCCCUGAGUGGUUGAAGAUGGAGCUGCAAGUCCUUCCCGACCAAGACCUGCUUUCUGCUAACGAGAGGCAGGAGUUCCAUUCCUGGUCUUUGCAUCAGCAUUACCUCCCAAGGUCUGUUGCAGCUGGAGGCUGUGGUGGGGACCUGACAGAGAUGGGGGCGCUUUUUACCAGCGCCAUUCUGGAUUUCCUUCAGAGGACAGAGGCGGAAGCCUGCAGUCUCCAGACGAACCCCAAGUGUUCCCUGACCCCUGCAAGAGGGAACCCUGAUCUCUACUGCAGAUUUCAGGAGCUGGUGCUGGAGCUGGAGCUGGAGCGCAGGAGAGGCAUGAAAGAGCACUUCCUGUUCCAAGUGUUCCGGGAGAGGCUGAGGGCUCUGGGAACUGGGGCUGCUUUGGGAGACCGGCUGCUCCGGCAGCAGGAGCUGCUGUCCCAAACCAGGAUCCUCUUAAGCCUGCCUCCGUCUGUUCUUGUGGCAACGCAGAAGAGAGGAGGGGAAAUCGUUGUGGCCUGUGAAGGCUUUUUCUCUUUUGUAAACACGGAACUGAGGAACAGCUGCUCCAGAGGAUGCUCUCUGCCUUAUGACAUCACCGCACAUUUCUUCAGGGGCCUCCUGAGCACCAGUUUGGAGUGCAGCCAUCCUGCCCGAGAGGUGACAGCUGUGCUGUCUUCGUGCCAAACCAGGUGUCCCAUCCUUCUCUGUUCUGCUGCGCGAUGGUGGCCGAGGCUGGAGUUUGUGCUUUGCUCACAAUGGAAGAGACUGUUUGGUGCUCCUUUGGCUCAGGGGCUGCAAAGCCUCAAGGAUUUACGGUCUUCUCUCCAGAGCUGCCUCGCAUGGGAAGCAGCUUCCCUGCCCUUCAACACGGCCUGGGUCUCUGCUGCUUGCCUCCACUUCACCGUCCAGCAGCAAGCGGAUCCUGAAGAAAAGGGAGAAGUGCUGAGAAAGUUGGGGCCCAAAACAGAGCAGUUCCUGGUCUACGUCCUCUUCUUUUCCGUCAUGGAUUUCAUCUCGGCAAAAGUGGCCCCACAGGAAGGAACGGAUGUUCACAAAGAUCUGGAAUGGAGUUCCAGAGUGCUUCAGCGCUUGGUGGAAGAAGGGCUUGGCUGGCUGGCUGUCUUCUGUCCGGCAGGAAAAGGCUGUGAGCUUUAUGAGACCCUGCGUGAUGCUGUGUCUGAUCAGCACUUGAAGAUGCUGCCGGUUGCCUUCUACAGCCUGCUCUUCGCCUUUGAUGUGGAAAAGCUUAUCAGAGAGCAAACAUUCCUGCCUGUGGCUCUUGACAUGUACGCACAACUGCUCCAGCUCUUCACGGAACGGGCCACGAUGGUUGGACCGAGCCAGGAGGAGCAAAGUCUGCACAUCUGCAAUCUCGGAGAUUCACUACUGCUGAUCCAGCAAGCGCGGCAACUCUUACUCCGGGCAAUCCCCCGGUGUCCUCCAGGGAGCUUCUCCAACCUCCAAGAGAUGUUGGGCCUCUGUGGGGAUCUGGACCCAGAGCUCAAGGCAGCCCUCAUCAGCACAGGUGGGGAUUUGCUAGAGGAAGGACUCCUGCUUUUCUGAAGGCCAAAGCCCCCUCCCCAACCAGGUCUCAAACGAGUUUCUGCAACUCCCCCAACCAAAGAUGGACAAAUUAAGUAUGUGCCUUGAAGCCGGAUCUGUCCAGCGUACUGUGUAAAUAAUUUAUUACAAGCAUAAUUUUGACUUUGAACAAUAAAAAUUAGGUUACAAAUGU